AUGAUGCGCUUCGUAGUAUUGUUGCUGGUGGUUGGAGCCGCCGUGAGCGAACCACAUGAAGGAUAUUUUUAUCCAAGACCAACGCCACAGUGCAUACCCCAGGUGUACACGGAAACGGUGACCGAUGUUACGACGGAAACAUUGAAUCACUUCUUUACCGACGUGAACACCGUGUAUCUGACGGAUUACCUGACUUCGACGGUGGUAAAUCCGAUCUACAUCACAUCCACCGAGUACUCAGUUUCUACGGUGGUCGUGCCGAGGAUAGAGUUCCUAACAGAAACGAGCACGCUGAUCGUGCAGCCGAGCCCGGUGGUGCAGUACGUAACGGAAACGGUCUUCUCCACGAUCGUCGCUCAAGCCGACUUCGGAGGAGUGGCUCAAGUGGCAGGACCCGGUAACACUUAUCUGCCACCCUUCCCACCAUCUCCACCAUCACCACCACCGCCGCCAGCACCUCCAGUACCGCAGCUGAACCCUGAACUAUUCAAUCCCGCUAUCCAACUCCAGCAGCCACCACCAUACGUUCCUCCGCCGCAAGUGUCACUUCCGCCCGUGCUGAAUCAUCCGGUGACGCACCAUCCGUUUGGUGGGCUCGCUGUGGGAAGCAUCGAAGGACAGCGUUCCCUUGGUGGAGAACCGAUUGACCUAGCUUCCGUUCAGGAAUUCGGUGGUGGUGUGCAUACUCUCCCGCACGUUGGAGCCUUACCACCCGCAUUCGAUCAGGAAGGAUAUCGAUACAAACGAAAGCUAAGCGAGAAGCAAUCUGCGCCACCAACCACGCCUCGCGAUGCAUCAAAGACGAAACCUGAACGAGAGCAGGCAAGCAAAGCGUAAUAGUGAACGAAAAGUAAAAUUAGUAGCUGACGGAAGUCCGAAGAGGAAAGCUAAUGGAUAUUUCGGGAGGAAACGGAAAGUCAGAAACCAAACCACCAACUAGA